ACUUGGGAUCAUCUGCAAAGGAAGGAAAGCAACCGUUUCAGUUUUUAGUAUUAUCUUUUGCAUUGCAAUUUGUUGCAUUUAAAAUAUAUAUAUAUAUUUCCCUGCACCGAAAUGCAAAGUUUUUUCACCUUUAAAAAAAAAUAAUGCAUCUGCAUUUGAACCCCAGGGAAGGAGGAAUUUAAAGAGGGCGAGGAUAAAAGUCCGCGGAAGAAUAUUCCUUGGAGAAGAAGAAACUGAAGCCAGAAUAAGAAGACAGGAUAGCGUUUGCCGUGCAGUGAGGGGUUUUUUUUGCAGCAAGAAGCAAAGGGGAGGAAUCUGCAGCCCCGGGAGCUCGUGAGUUUCUGCAGCCUCGCGCCCCCCCUCUCCUCCCUCUUUUUUAUGUUUUUUUAAUUUUGCAAACCCGGAGAAGAGCUGCAAGCAAAGAUUAUAGAGCAGAGCUCCUCUAGUAUCUUUGGCUACAAGCACCAUGAAGAACGCUUGGAUACUCCUGACUCUCAGUCUCUGCACGCUGGCUAACGGGGAGCUGCGGCAGUCUGUGUCGGCCACUAAGAUGCCUUGGCGUGAGGAGUUUUAUCUCGAGCAGUCGAUCGACAAUGGAGAGCCCGUGGAGUCCGGCAACUGGCCAGUCGACGAUGAUGACUACGACACCUCUGGAUCAGGCUCUGGGAAUUUUGAAACGGAGAUUGAAAUGGUGACCUUUAACCUGGCACAAGUCAACCCAGAGGCCAAGCCCACUGUAGACGCCUCGCGAGCAGCGACUGUGCGAGUGGAGACCACCACGCAGAAGAAAACGGGCAGGAAACCCGUCCGAACGGAGACAACUGUCGACACCCUGGUUAAAGAGGAGACAAAGAAAGGAGAUGAUUUUGUGAUUGAGAAACCAACUCAUAACACGGACGGAGAUGACGUCUCUGCAGAGAAACAUUCGGAAAGUCUUUUCCAGAGAACAGAAGUGCUGGCAGCUGUCAUUGCGGGAGGGGUCAUCGGUUUCCUGUUCGCCAUUUUCCUCAUCUUGCUUUUGAUCUACCGCAUGAGGAAGAAGGACGAAGGCAGCUACGAUCUUGGAGAGCGUAAACCUUCCACCACGGCUUAUCAGAAGGCACCCACCAAGGAGUUUUACGCGUAAACCUUCAAGAUAUCUCCAUUUGUGAGAUCACUGAACUAUAAUAAUUAAAGCUCUUUUGUUUUUGCAUAGAGAUAAAUGAAGAUCUUUUCUUAACGAACAGCCAUCUUAUCUGGCUUUCUUUGUAACAAAACCCUGUUGUAUUUAAAACAUUCUCCUGUAUUCUUUAAAAAAAAAUGCCAUCUGAUCUAUUCUUAACGCUUGAAAGAUGUUGACAGUAAAUAUUGGCUCACUGAAUUUUUGAAGAGACAAGUUUAAAAGCUGCAUCUGCAAACAGAAAGUACGAAAAAUAUUUCUGUUUUCUUAAAUUUUCUAUCAGAGUUCUAUAAUUCUAGUCACAAUAAUGCAUAUAAAAUUGAUCUUGCAAGUAAAAUGUUCAUUAAUUUAUCUUCUUUGUUUCAGAUAUGUUAAGAUGCCUUCCUAUAGUUUUCGUUGGUGCAAUUUGUCUUUUCCAAACAUAAUACGGAUAUGUGCAAAUGUAAUUUCUGCUCUGGGAUGCAAGUAAAUCUGGAUUCCAACUGUGCUUCAUGAUCAGUUCACACUGCACUGGAUAAUGCAUCUAGCAAAUGAAUACGUGGGCAGACGAGAGUUACAAAAUUUAUUUUUUGGCAAAACCUGUAAAAAUCGUGGCCCCGGACGCUGUAUUUGCGGAUCCACUGCGCGUGAGGUCUGAUAUAAAAAUAAUGCUUAAUCAUCGACACACCCAAAGACGAUUGACUUCAGCUGAGGCCUAACCUUGUACAAUGACAGACUUGUGUGUUAAUUUUAUCGAUUAUGUAUUAAUUUUGUUUUAAAAUUUGGUAGGAAAUGCCAACUUUGGACCAGAGGUUUUUUUCCUAAAUCAACAAGGUACAGGUUUUACACACACCUAUGAAGUACCUGCAAAUCUCUUUGCCUUGUAUCUUUAAUUUAUGGGCCUGUCCCACUUACGCCAUUUUUUUUCCCCGCGAUCUAUGACCACCGCAGGUCUCCGAGAGAUUUUCAAAUUUGAGAUUUGAAAAUCCAGAGGCGACCAGAACAAGGUAUGGCUCUUUGGGUGACUACACACAACCAUGUAGGCUUCACCCCGCAACAUGUCAAUAGACAAUAGGUGCAGGAGUAGGACAUUCGGCCCUUCGAGCCAGCACCACCAUUCAAUGUGAUCAUCGCUGAUCAUCCCCAAUCAGUACCCCGUUCCUGCCUUCUCCCCAUAUCCCCUGACUCCACUAUCUUUAAGAGCCCUGUAUAGCUCUCUCUUGAAAGCAUCCAGAGAACCCACCUCCACCGCAGAGAAUUCCACAGACUCACCACUCUCUGAGAAAAAGUGUUUCCUCGUCUCCGUUCUAAAUGGCUUACUCCUUAUUCUUAAACUGUGGCCCUGGUUCUGGACUCCCCCAACAUCGGGAACAUGUUUCCUGCCUCUAGCGUGUCCAAACCCUUAAAAAUCACCUCUCAUCCUUCUAAACUCCAGAGUGUACAAGCCCAGCUGCUCCAUUCUCUCAGCAUAUGACAGUCCCGCCAUCCUGGGAAUUAACCUGAUACACCUACGCUGCACUCCCUCAAUAGCAAGAAUGUCCUUCCUCAAAUUAUGGGACCAAAACUGCACACAAUGCUCCAGGUGUGGUCUCACUAGGGCUCUGUACAACUGCAGGACCUCUUUGCUCCUAUAUUCGAUUCCUCUUGUUAUGAAGGCCAACAGGCCAUUCGCUUUCUUCACUGUCUGCUGUACCUGCAUGCUUACUUUGAUAGACUGAUGUACAAGGACCCCCAAAUCACGUUGUACUUCCCCUUUUCCCAACUUGACUCCCAUACAGGCUUCACCCCUCGCCUGUGUGUGGUUGUGAGUAGUCGCCCAAAGAGUCGUAGCGUCUUUCUGGUCGCUGCUGAAUUUGUAGCACGUUGAAAAUCUUCGGCAACCUAUGACAGGUGCCAGCAAGUCGCCGAAAAAGUCGCAUAAGUGGGACAGGCCCUUAAGUAUAAGGGAAUGUAUGGUGAUAUGUACGACCAGGUAAUUUAAAAGUGCUACGGUUUUUACCAUUUUAACACGAGUUUUAAUCUGAUUGGGGAGGGGGGGGGGGACAUAAACUACUGAAUAAAUUGUGUAGCCCACCAAUAAUUAUCAUUUGCCUUUUUCACGUGUCUUUGACAAAACUCUGGUUACCGAAGGUUGUUACCGAUAUAUAACGUGAAUUUCGCCUUUGUAGUCAUGUCAGGGACCAAAUAAAAAUAUUAACGAGA